UAGUCCAUCUCUCUCGUACUUGAGAUCAAGUGGCUUGUCGUUGGCAAGGCGAAAAAUGUGAAGCAAUAAAGUGAAGAAAAAUAAUAAAGAAAUGGGUGAGACAAAGAGACAUUUCAAAUUGUAUUGGAUUGAGGUGUUCAAACCACGCAAUACAUACGUGAACAGAUGUUAACAAUUUCAAGUUGAAUUACCUUUAUCGUGGUCCAUCGCUGAUAUCGGAAGGUACAUGGGCGUUAUGCUCGACACCGUAUAACGUCGUUGUCAACGUGAAUUGAGCUCAGUGUUUCUUCAACGCCACUCGCUUCACCUUCGAAAUUUAACAUUUUUUUUGUAUUUAUAAUUUUUGAAAUACAAAACUCCAAACGAGUGACGUGAGGGAUGGAUGUAAGGGAAGGAGAUGACCAACAUGGUGAUGAUGUCGAUGGGGUAAUUGUGGCAAAAGCCACAGCUAUGGUUAUCCUCUUUCUGGCAUCUCUACUAUUUGGUUUGGUUCCCUUUAAACUCGCCAAGUGGUGUAAGUGGGUAGAUCAGGACACGGGUCGCAAGUCAAAAACGGGAAAAACAAUUGGAGCACUUCUCUGCUUUGGCGGUGGUGUCCUACUUGCCACGACAUUCCUACACCUCCUCCCUGAAGUUGGGGACAAUAUUAAGGCAUUGGAAGAUCAGGGUCUUCUGCCUGAAUUUCCCUUUCAUGCCGCUGAAUUCCUCAUGUGUCUCGGUUUCUUUCUCAUGUGUCUCAUUGAAGAAAUUAUUCAUAUGUACCUGCGUCGUAGCCAAAGACAGAGCUGUGCUAAAAAUACAGCAGUGGCCACAGAAACGGCUUUUGAACGAGCUUCCCGGCGUUCUUUUCGCAAUGGAAGCAUUUCCACAACUGAUCUUGUUUCAUCAACUGACUCAAUUACACAAAAGCAACAAAUUACUGGCUUAGAUUCGGUCCAUGCACAAAUUCCUACUGGCCAUACCCAUCUUCAUGGGCACACCCACCUGCCACAGGCAAGCACAGAACCAGAAGACAUAAUCGUAUCAUCACUCCGAGGUCUUCUUGUUGUUCUAGCACUAUCCGUUCAUGAACUAUUCGAAGGCCUAGCUGUGGGCUUAGAGAGCUCAGCUAGCAAUGUGUGGUAUAUGUUUGGAGCUGUUGCAGCACAUAAAUUGGUGCUUGCAUUCUGUGUUGGCGUUGAGCUUGUCGUGACACGAACCCGUACAUACUUAGCUGCCAUUUAUGUGGUAACAUUUGCUGCUGUUAGCCCCAUUGGGAUUGGUAUUGGAAUUGGAGUUUCAGCAGCAGGAGAUGCAUCAUCGUCUUCAGUUCCCGCCGCAAUUUUACAGGGUCUAGCCACUGGUACUCUACUCUAUGUGAUUUUCUUUGAGAUCCUCUCGAAAGAUCGAUCAGGCUUCAUCAGGUACCUCGCAACAAUUUUAGGAUUUGCCCUAAUGUUUGGCCUCCAAUUUCUAAGUAAGUACUUUUUCUUUAAGUAUUAUUGUCUGUUACAUUUUAUCAUAUCACUUGUUGUGCGCACAUUCUUGAUUAAAAAAAUACUAACAGGAAAAUAAGUGCCGAUUAAAAUAUGUGUCAAUUGAUACUCUAUCGCGCGCCGCCAACAAAUUAAAUAACAAAAAAAUCACAUCAAACUGUUUACAUUUCAGCUGGUCACGAGCACAGUCACGGAGAUGAUGGACAUGGACACAGUCAUUCACGCAAUGGACGUGCCAUGGUACAUAAAAAGUAGAGCGACUGAAUCCUUAACUUUUUAAUAAUUAUUAUAUUUAUAAUAUUGUAAAUUUUUUUCUUUUAUUGCAUAGUAUUUUUUUUCAACGAAAUUUUGUACUUAUUGAAGCAUAAAGUAAAAUAAAAAAAAUGUUUUUAACAAAAAAAAA